AUGGGACAAAUUCUUUCUACUCCUGCUACAGAGAAGUUUUCUUGGGAUGAUGAAGAUAAAUAUUUAGCAUAUAGUUUAUCAUGUAUGCAAGGUUGGAGAAUUAAUAUGGAAGAUGCUCAUUCAAGUAUUUUAAAUAUUCAUGAUGAAUCUACUUAUAGACUUCACGAAGAUGAUCAUGAUCAUAAUGAAAAACUGCAUAUUGAACAAGCAACAACAACUACUACUAAUAAAGAAGAACAGCCGCAGCAAGAAAAUACCACCACCACUACCAGCAAUACUAAAGAACAUAUUGCUUUCUUUGGUGUUUAUGACGGUCAUGGAGGUGAAAAAGCGGCAAAAUUCACUUCUAAACAUCUUCAUAAUAUUAUUAGGAAAACUGAAGCAUUCCAAAAACAAGAUUAUAUUAACGCCCUUAAACAAGGGUUUUUAGCUUGUGAUCAAGCAAUCUUAAAUGAUUUCUACAUGAGAGAUGAUGAUUCAGGAUGUGCUGCCACAAGUGCAAUCAUAACCCCAACCCAUAUCAUCUGUGGUAAUGCCGGUGAUUCAAGAACGGUAAUGUCGAUUAAUGGUUAUGCCAAGGCUUUAUCAUUUGAUCAUAAACCUUCAAAUGAAGGUGAAAAGGCUCGUAUUUGUGCUGCUGGAGGAUAUGUUGAUAUGGGAAGAGUGAAUGGUAAUUUAGCAUUAUCUCGUGGGAUUGGAGAUUUUGAUUUUAAAAGAAAUGUAGAUUUACCGGCUGAAGAACAAAUUGUUACUUGUUAUCCUGAUGUAAUACAACAUGAUAUAAAUUUACAAACUGAUGAAUUUGUUAUUUUGGCUUGUGAUGGGAUUUGGGAUUGUUUAAGUUCUCAAAAAUCUGUUGAAUGUGUUAGAAGAGGAAUAUAUGAAAGAAAAACUUUGGUUGAUAUCGCUGAAGAAAUAAUGGAUUUAUGUUGUGCUCCAACUUCUGAUGGAUCAGGAAUUGGUUGUGAUAAUAUGUCGAUUUGUAUUGUGGCAUUAUUAGAUUAUACCAAAAAUGAAACUUUAGAUCAAUGGUAUGAUAAAAUUAUCCAACGUAUUGAAAUUGUCGAAGGGGAUAAAUCUAUGUUAUCAACUUAUGGUCCAAUCUCAGCUCCUUAUAAUGACAUAUAUAAAGAAAUGUAUGGAGAAUAUUAUAAUAUUGGUGAACAAGGGCAAUCUAGAGGUGGUGCUGCUGGUGCCGGGGGUGGUUUAGCAAAUGGUAAUUCUAUCUUUGGAAGAGGUGGAUAUGAUGAAGAUGAAAAGGAAGAAGAAGAAGAUGCUGAACAACGUGCAACUGAUGAAGUUAGAUUAAAUACUAAUGCUAUUUCAUUACAAAAAUUAUUGGCUUCAAAUACUAUUACUAAUGAAAAUGGGGUUAUAUAUUUAGAUACUUCUUCUGCUCAAUCUUUAUUGGCUCAUUUUGGUGUUGGACCAAGCAGUCAUGUUAGUGGAGACAGAGAAGAUGAAAUAGAUGUUGAACAUGAUGAUGAUGAUGUACUUGAAAGACACACUGAAGAGGAUAUAGCACAAGAAGAUGAAAAAAUUGAACCAAUUUCAGAAGAUGAUGAAGACGAAGAAGAAGAAACUAAUGAUGAUAAACAAGAGAAAUAG